AUGACAGCAAACCUAGAUAGAAACGAUUUUAUGAUUGUCAUACAGACACCUUUACAGAAACAAAUGUUUAAAGCAUUUGGCCACAACAGAGUAGUUUGCAUGGAUGCUACUCAUGGCACUAAUAUAUAUCGUUUCCAUCUGAUCACUCUGCUUGUUGUGGAUGAUUUUGGGGAAGGACUGCCAGUAGCUUGGUGCAUAAGUAACCGUGAAGAUGAGCAUGCAAUUAGACAGUUCUUAGAAGAGGUGCGCAGAAAUGACAACAUGGACAUACAACCCCAAUGGUUCAUGUCUGAUGAUGCAAGUCAGUACUACAAUGCUUGGGUAACGAGUUUUGAUCACCGACCUCACAAGCUGUUGUGCAAUUGGCAUGUAGAGAGAGCGUGGCGAAUGCAGCUAAGGAAAUUAAGUGACAGUGAUUUAGAACAAGAAGUUUACAAGCAACUGAAGACCCUAAUGGAAGAGCCUGAGCAAGAAAUGUUUGAGAAAAUGGGUAGUGGUAUAAAUACAAACAUGUAUGUGGAAGCAUUCCAUCGUGUUCUAAAAUAUGUGUACCUCCAUGGACGUGUGAACAGACGUCUUGACACUCUUGUUUUUACCUUACUAAAAUUUGCCAGAGACAAAGCUUUUGAUCGCCUAAUCAAAUUGAGUAAAGGAAAAGCAGGGAUUAACCGAUUACGGAUGAUCCAUGAGAGGCACCAGACAAGCUCUUUAAUGUCACCAGAUUGCAUAGAAAAUAUUGGAGAAGAUCUCUGGCAAAUCAAGUCAAACAAUGGCAAAGAUAUCUCCAUAUACAAAGUACAGAGGAAAAAUCGCACAGUUGUUCCUUGCUGCACCAUAGCAUGUAACCAAUGCCACAUUUGCAUUCACCAGUUUUCAUGCACUUGCUUAGACUUCGUCGUAAGAACUACUAUUUGUAAGCACAUUCACUUGGUGGCAGCUACAUAUGCAGUGCACAUAAGUCAGCAAGACUUAGUUGAACAAGAUCCCCAACUAAUUCAAACAGAAGAGCCACCUCGCAAAGAUGUCGACUGGGAAACUGUAGUUGAUUCUCUAGGCAAUGACUCAAUACAACACGAUGUAGAGACUGUUCGAGGAAAAUGCCAAGACUACCUGAUUGAUGUAUCAUUGCAACUAUCUAGGUGUAACAGUGUCCAUGUUCUCCUCUCUGGUUUGGCUAAGCUUCGUGAAGCUACAGCACUUCUUUCUCUUCCCGAGAGAUGUAGUGGAAUGGCCAAUGAGGCAAACACAUCAGCAUCAGCACCAGCAAAUAAGAAAGUCACAGUCCAGAGAACAAAAGCAAAGAUCUUUUCUACAUUGAAGCAACCUGGAGCCCGCUCCAAAAUCCAUCUCGCAAAGCCUACAAGACAGGAGAAGAAAGAAAUCGAGAGGGCCACUCUUCUGUCAUCCUGGGUACUGAAAAAAUACAAGAUGCCCAGGAAAGACCACGCUGUACUACAUUUGUUUUGUGAUGAAACAACCAUGUCUAAGCUUGAAAGAGAUGGUCAACUGAUAGAGAAAACUGACAUCCCGGCGAGGCCAGAAGAACUUCCUGACGACAUAGUAGAAGUAGACUUUGAGAGUAGUCAUCUGUCAAAGUAUUUUAGUUCCCAAGCCUGGCAUCACCUUUUGGAGACAGUUGAACUAAAGCAGAGACAGUGGCAUUGUGGGAAUUGUGACUUAGUAACAACCCAGCUAAAUAUGGUCCAAUGCGAUGGCGAGUGUGGAAAAUGGUUCCAUUGCUGCUGUCUUGUGGUUUAAUCUCCCAUAGUAUCUGCAAUAAUUCUUACAUUCUGGUCUAGGAAUUGUGUUGGACUUCGAGAAGAACCGACUGACAUGUGGCAAUGCGACAAAUGUUUGCUUUCCAUAGGACAGAAUACAAUUAUACCAAAUACCAGUGUCAGA